AUCUGGUAUUUGUCAAAGAGGGUGGUCAGAACCGAGUAGUUCGCUUGGUCUGUUUUUCUCACUAUACAUGUUUCAUUUCUUACUCCCUACAUUUCUUGGAGUCACUUGCCGCAGAAUUUGUUGAAUAUUGUGUGGAUUAAUAAUUGUAGCUCUUCAAAUUGGUUCUUUAAGAAGUAGUUAGUGAUGGCUGAACGGAUAAGUUAUUUUUUCCGAUGGGAAAUUGAAAAUUAUUCUUCUUGCUAUUAUGAAAGCUGGAAUAAAUGUCCCAAAAGUCCAGUUUUUACUCCUGCAAAUUUUGGCGGAAGCAAAUGGUACAUGACACUUAUACCUCCACUUAAAACAAAAGAACCAGAUGAAGACAUUUUGUUUUGUUAUUUGCACAGAAAUGACAUUGAUGCGGCUGAUGAGGAAGUAUCAAUUGCUUUCAUAUUUCAACUAAUUGGUGAAAGUGGCAAUAUAAUACACACUAAAGGUUGUAGUUCUUUCAGGUUUAAGAGAGUAUUUAAAAGAAAGUGCUCUGAUUGGCAAGCUUUUCAAUGUGGGCAGAUAGCUAAAGACAGUUUGACCUGGAACAAGGACAUCUUAACCAUCCAGUGCCAGAUGUACACCAUGCAGGAACGACCAAGCAGUGUAGCCCGAACUAAAAUAGAGGUGGAUAGAGCCAGUUUUAUUUGGCAAAUAAACUUACCCGAAAGUAAAUCUUUUUUAAUGGAUCGAAUAUUUUCUUUGUCAGAAACAUCAUUGUACGAAAUAUCUGCGACUGAUGCUCCAAAUGGCUUUAUAGAAUUAAGAGUACGUAAAUUAAAAGGUGAGUCAUCCUCAACUAGACUUUUAAACGGCAAAAUAUCAUUUUUAAACCAUGAAGGAGAAAAGAUUUUAUGGCAAAAUGUCCAACAUUUGUUCCCUUCUAAUUACAAAAAUGACGUAUGGGUGCUUCCUUCUUUUAUCGCCAGAAGAACGAUUAUAAAUGAUAAAAAUAACCAAGUGAAUUGUGUUGCUUUGUUUUGCGAGUUUUCCGCACCCAAUGGUAAUGUACUAUCUGAUAUCGUCAGCAUAAACGAUCCUAGCUCAAUGAAGUUGAGUAAUGUUCUAACUAUGAGAGGCGAUCUCGUAAAAAUGUUUGCAGACCAGGAACAUUCUGAUGUGGAGCUAAAAGCUGAGAACAUGAGUUUACCUGCGCAUAAAUUUCUUCUCUCAGCGCGAUCACCUGUGUUUCGCGCCAUGUUCCACCACAAGGACAUGCUCGAAAAUGAAUCUAAUGUCGUGGAAAUCUCAGACGUUGAUUCCAAGACAUUGAAAUCUUUCCUGGAAUUCUUGUAUACAGGAUCAGUAGAUAUUAUUGAUGACGAAAGUGCUUUAGGAUUGCUGAUAAUUGCCGAUAAGUAUCAAGUUCUUUCUUUAAUAGAUACAUGUUCUAGGUUUGCUCUAUCAGCUCUGUCUUUGGAAAAUGCAUGCGAAAUUCUGUAUUUAUCUGAUCUAUUGAAUCUCAAGCUUCUCAGAGACAAUGCAGUUGAUUUCGUAGUAAAACAUUUCAAUGAAAUCUCUAAAUCCUGUGAUUGGUCUGAAUAUAUUGAGAAGAAUCCAUCCCUUGUAUUUGAAAUACUUUCACACCUGAUGAAGGAUUUGGGAAUUGUUCCAUAGAAAAUAUAAAAAUGCUGAUAAUAGGCAAUCAUUGCAAUCAAGUCCUAUUUGAAAUAAUAUAAAAUGAUUCCAUGGAAACAUGCGGACCAACCACAGAGCAAAAACAUGAAAAAAAUAAAAGAAAUAUACUUUCUAUUGUUAUCAUAUUUUAUUUUCAUGGAAUGUUCUUUAUAUCAGAACUUAAACACCAACAUAAAUAA